ACUAUAUAAACAGGCAUUCCCUCCAAUGUAACUCAAACUUUCGAGCCAUACCAACCCCAUCGCCCUAUUUAUCAUUUAAGUAUUAAAACAUUAGUACCAAGGGGAGAUGAGAAAUGGCCUAUGCUAUUAAGGCUUCAUUUAACAUGCUGAUUUUAUGCUUCACAUUCCUCCUCUUACUUAAUCUUUCUCAUAAUUUUGCCUUAGCAUUCACCUCUCAAGAUUACUCUAAUGCUCUUGAGAAAUCGAUUCUCUUCUUCGAGGGACAGAGGUCUGGAAAAUUGCCUACGAAUCAACGCCUUAAGUGGAGGGGUGAUUCUGGCUUGUCUGAUGGUUCCGGUUACCAUGUUGAUCUAGUAGGAGGAUAUUAUGAUGCAGGGGACAAUGUUAAGUUUGGAUUGCCAAUGGCCUUCACCACAACUCUGCUAGCAUGGAGUGUAAUUGAAUUUGGAAGCUCCAUGCACAACCAACUUGACAACGCCAAAGAAGCCCUUCGUUGGAGUACCGAUUAUCUUCUUAAAGCUGCCACAGCCAGCCCCAACACGUUAUACGUGCAAGUAGGAGACCCGACCCAAGAUCACAGGUGUUGGGAGAGACCCGAGGACAUGGACACACCUCGCAACGUGUACAAAGUGUCCCCUCAAAAUCCAGGUUCUGAUGUUGCUGCUGAAACUGCUGCUGCAUUGGCUGCUGCCUCCAUUGUUUUCAAAGAUUCUGACCGUUCUUACUCCUCUAAAUUAUUGCAUACUGCACAAGAGGUGUUUGAUUUUGCUGACAAGUAUAGAGGCACCUAUAGCGACAGUCUAAGUUCAGCCGUCUGCCCAUUUUACUGCUCUUAUUCUGGAUACAAGGAUGAACUUCUAUGGGGAGCAUCAUGGCUUCAUAGAGCUUCACAAGACUCUUCUUAUCUUUCUUAUAUCCAAUCAAACGGUCAAACUAUGGGUGCUGAUGAAGAUGACUACUCCUUCAGUUGGGAUGACAAGAGACCUGGAACCAAAAUUGUCCUCUCAAAGGACUUUUUGGAAAAGAGUACUCAAGAAUUCCAAGCAUACAAAGUUCACUCAGACAAUUAUAUCUGCUCUCUAAUUCCAGGCUCACCUAGCUUUCAAGCUCAGUAUACCCCAGGGGGGCUUCUGUUCAAAGGAGGUGGAAGCAAUCUCCAAUACGUGACAGCAUCAUCGUUUCUCCUAUCAACCUAUGCCAAAUAUUUGAGGUCAAAUGCAGGAGUUGUGUCAUGUGGGAGCUCAAAAUUUCCAGCAGAGAAGCUCGUCGAACUUGCAAAGAAACAAGUGGACUACAUAUUAGGAGAUAAUCCAGCAAGAAUAUCAUACAUGGUUGGUUUCGGACAGAAGUAUCCACUUCGUGUGCACCAUAGAGGUUCAUCUCUACCGUCAGUACAUACACAUCCUGGUCACAUUGGAUGCAAUGAUGGGUUCCAGUCUUUGAACUCGGCCUCGCCUAAUCCAAAUGUCCUGGUCGGAGCCAUCGUGGGUGGUCCUGAUAGUAAAGAUAACUUUGAAGAUGAUAGGAACAAUUAUCAGCAAUCAGAGCCUGCUACUUACAUUAAUGCACCACUAAUUGGGGCUCUUGCUUUCCUAUCUGCAGAAUCCACAGCAAAGUAGUAGUGGAUGGAGUCACAUAUGUUUGGUUGAAUAUUAGAGUUCAACUAUGCUUUAUUAACUAAGUCUUGUAGCAGAGGAAGCGGAUCAGGGAAUCCGUAUGGUCCCUCAAGAUAAUUGUGGCAUGAAAGUUGCACUAGAUAUAUUCUAAGUAAGGUGUUUAUUUUUCCUUCUAUGCAUUCAGCAUGUAAGCAAGAGAUUUCCAGAGGAACUCUUGGUUCCUCUAGGAGUCUAAGACCCUUAAAAUGCUUGAAAUGAAUUUUCAGACAUUUGAUUAA